AUGUGCUUGGGUGUGUUCAUAUUGUUUUAUUCUUUCGUUUUUACUGAUGCAAAACAUUUCAACGGCGGAACUAUCAAAUGGACCCCCAUUAAUCCUUAUGAUAAUUCCACUUUAGUUGAUGUUACUAUUACACAGUCUUAUUCAUGGACAUAUCCAUAUGUAAAAUGUGCCAACAAUGUACCGAUCUCGACUAGUAUAUGGGCUAGUGCGAACACUAAUCUAACAUGUGUUGUUGAUUGUUCAACUGAUGGUGGUUAUUCUAGUGCACCAGUUGAUAUUCUUACCGAUUGUACAUCAGCUAGUUCAUCAUUGCAAAUGAUGACAAGUGAACGUUCGAAAAAUGUUACACUUUCUGCUGAUGCACAUUUUUAUCUAGCUUAUAGAGGAAGCUCUUGGGUAGCGUUAAAUAAUCCUGCUACAGCAGGUCUUGAAUGGUCCAUUGUAACAUACAUUGAUCUUCGAAAAAGGCCAGAUGGUUUUAUUAAUACUCCACCUGUUGCCUCGAUUGUUUCUCCACAAUAUGCCAUUGUAAAUAGAACCAUUCAAAUUAAUAUUCCUGUUUCGGAUGUCAAUGUCGGUGAUGAUGUACGCUGUCGAUGGUCAACAUAUACACUUGGAUAUCGAAGACGAAAACGAUCCGACAAAGAAGAACAUAUCAAACAUCUAUCUGAUAUUAAUUUUUACAAAGUGGCUAGUGAUAAAGAACUCAUUCAUAUUAGAAAAAAAAGAGGUUGUAGUGGCUGUACCAGUUCAUGUCCAGUAAUGUGUACAUGUUCCUGUGCUGGCUGUGAUUCCAUCACAUGUACUGGUUCGAUGUGUCUUGCAUUUGGAGGUUGUGCAAUUGGAGUAAAUGGGACUACAGCUGCCACAACUACUACCGAAACUCUAGGAACACUAAAAUCGACUUCAUCGUAUCCAAUUCGUCAGGCAAUUGAUGAAUGUGGUGGUAUUUGUUAUCCAGGCAGUGUCCCUAACGGCACAACUCUGUCCAACUGCACUAUCACAUUCACAGGUGUUACAGCUGGCGUCUGGUAUGCAAUUGCUGUUCAGGAAGCACGUCCACAACAAUAUCGUCAACAAUCAUCGCGACAACUAUCAGUACCACAUCAACAAGAACUAGUACGACUAGCAGUGCUUCAACAUCUACCAUGUUGA